GUGACUUGACAGCAAUUGCAGUUUAGAGGGCUCUCUGUGGGCAGGGUUGGAUGCAGGAAGUCCUGGUAACAACAAGGAACACAUGGGCUUGUGUAGGAGUGUUUGUCACCAUGCAUUAGCCAACCAUGUACACAGGAAAGAGGCUGACUUACAAGAAUCAGCUCCUGAAGGCCCAGCUAGGCCAACAGCCAACUUCCACUCUACUUGGGAUGUUUUCACUUUCAGGACAUCUUGUUCUGAGUCAAGAUUCCUCCUUCUGAAUGUGGGACUUUCCAGAAGGACUUCAGCUCCUUCCAUGCAUCCACUUGGCCUGGGAUGUUCUGGAUUUUGAUUGUCGAGGGAGUUCAUCUGCCUCUCUGGAGAAGGAUGGCCAAGUGCUUCCUGCGGAAUCUGCUUCUCUGGGAAGUUCUUUUUCCCAUUGCAGUUAUUGGUGCUCAAGUACUAAGCAAGGUGGGGGACUCUGUGCUGCUGUUGGCAGAGCAUCCCCCUGGCUUCCAAGUCCGUGAGGUCAUCUGGAGAUCUCUUUGGCCUUCAGAAGAGCUCCUGGCCAUGUUUUUCCGGGGCUCCCUGGAGACUCUGUACCACUCCCGCUUCCUGGGCAGAGCCCAGCUGCACAGCAACCUCAGCCUGGAACUCGGGCCCUUGCAAUCUACAGACAGUGGCAAUUUCUCCGUGCUGAUGGUGGACACAGGAGGUCAGACCUGGACCCAGACCCUGCAGCUCAAGGUGUAUGAUGCGGUACCCAGGCCCACGGUUCAAGUGUUCAUUGCUGUAGCAGGGGAUGAUCAACCCCUCAAAACCUGUCAGGUCUUCUUGUCCUGCUGGGCCCCCAACAUCAGUGACAUAACCUAUAGCUGGCGACGAGAGGGGACAAUGGGCUUUGGUGUUGAAUCACACAGCCUCUUCACAGACGGACAGGUGCUGAGUGUUUCCCUGGGACUAGGAGACAAGGAUGUGGCCUAUUCCUGCAUUGUCUCCAACCCUGUCAGCUGGGACUUGGCCACAGUCACCCCCUGGGAGAGCUGCCAUCAUGAGGCAGCACCAGGUAACGCCUCCUACAAAGAUGUGCUACUGGUGGUGGUGCCCAUCUCACUGCUCCUGUUCCUGGUUGGUCUCUUCUUUGCAUGGCACUGUGGCCUCUGCUCAGGGAAAAAGAAGAUGGAUGCCUGUACUGACCAAGUGACUGCAGAGACAGAGAACCCCCUUGUAUAGAAUGUGUCAUGAGGGACAAUAAAAUCUGACCACUGGAUAAUGAGGAACCUCUCUGCCCCAGCACAAGAUGCUCUGGGGACGUAGCUGGAACCUGGAAACUUUCAAGGACCUUAUACCUCCUUUGACACUCCUGUCCUGCCUCCCAGGAACAGCCUGGGCAGCUGUCACACUGGGAGGACAGAAAGUAUUGGCACAAACCUCCACACCUCUCCCUUCUUUCUCCCCACUUUUCAUAUCCUGGCUGUCUUUCCUGGGCAAGAUGGGGCUAACAGGAUGUUCCCUCAAGAACACCAGAAAGCCCAGAGCAGUGGCACAUGCCUAUAAUCCCAGCAACUCUGGAAGCUCAGGAGGAUGGCAAGUUUGAAGUCAGCCUGGGCAACUUAGUAAGACCCUGUCUCAAAAUAAAAGAUAAUGAAACAGGUUGGGGAUGUGCCUCAGUGGUAGUGCACCCCUGGGUUCAAUCCCAAUACAACAACACUGGAAGUUCUCCAAGAUCACAUGGAGACUGAUUGUUCAAGACAUUCAUCAUUCCCCCACAACUAUACAUAAAGUUUUACCCAACUGGCACCAAAGAAUUGCCUCCAGCUUUGGUUCUGAACUCUAAAAGAUAGCCGACAUUAGAACUAACAAAAUGAAUCACACACCACCAGUUCCAGUCUAGCCGUAGCCUGUAUGGUUUGAGAUUCCAAUACUUACUGAUGGUGAAUUAUUACAAGAACAGGUCUCAAAUAAGUGAAGGUGGGGGAGGACAGGAAUUCCUCUUUCUGACCUGAAAGCUUUUAGGUCAUUUGAGUUCGUGGCCCCUCAAAAAUAUUUUGCAGUUAAGGUUGACCAAGAAUGGUUGACAUGCCAUAUGGUUGGAACUAGAGCCAUUUUUCUGGUAACAUCCUAUUAAUAGACAUCAUCACCAUCUCCAUUGACCCUAAUCCCUCUUGCAGGAUCUGGGGGAGGAAGGCAGAGGGUGACAUUUAAGGUUUUCUCCUUGCUCUCUAGCUUAGUGACUGAAAAUAUACACUGAAAUACUGAAAAGAUAUACCGAAUUUGCCUUUACCAACAGGAAGUUCUUGCUCAACUUCAAGAAAAGCAGCUGAGCUCAGGAUGUCUUUCUGCCUGAGAUUUGGAGUGAAGAUCCAGGAAAAGCUACAAAGAAGGAAAAUUAUGGAGAGGAGGGGUGCUGAGGCAUUUUAAACUCUACCAUUGUCCUUCUCAGAUGCAAGUGCAGAAAAGCUACCCAAGUUCAAGGAGAGAAACAAAGACCCCACCAUUCAGUGGGAGGAUUGUCAAGAUCACAUUGCCAUAUGGGGUGGAAGAUGUUAUUGUGGUCACCUUUAGAAAAUACAUGCUGCUACUGCGUGGAUCUGUCUGGAAAGUUCUGGGCUACUUAUUGCCACUGGAGAGUAGGGGAAACUUGAUGAUCUAAACUUACCCUCGGGAAUUAGUAGCUGAUAAAAUUCAUAGUUAACUCCCACCCAAAUGUAACUGGAUUUUAUUCUGGGGCCUCACUCAAGUCUUCAUAAUAGAGAGGAAAGAGGUAUUAAAGAAAUAGGGGUAGAUUUUGAAUAUUUACCCAGCGUGGCUUUGAUGCUUCUACCAAGAUGUCAGUCCUGUCCUAGGACCUUCUCUCUUAUCCCUGAUGCCUGGGAAGUCAGUCCACUGUGCAGAAAAGAUCAGCACAACUGAAUCCCUCCUCCACUCGACUGUUCUUGGAUUUCCCCUUUGUGGCUCUUUUGAGUUCCCCUGAAUUUCACCUGGAUUUACCUAAUUCUCAUCCAUUUCCUGCACCCACUUCUCUCCUAUCACCUUCCACCUAAGCCCACCUGCAAAGUGUACAUGCCCACUCCACCUGGCCAUUGGUGCUGCCCUCACGUACAGGUAUUCCUCAUGCCUGAUCACUAAAUCAUGCAAAACUGGCCUGCCCCUAAAAGUGAUGUAAGAAAGAAAGCCUGAGAUCUAGCAAUGAGCCAAGGUGGGUCCAUGGAGAAAAACACACCACUCCCCACCUUUCUUUCCUUCAUCUCCAGAGUCAACUCAUAUCAGAGCAGUUGUGAAUGGGGUGGGGCCCACAGUUCUUCACAAAGUGACUCUUAGCAAUUUGCAUACACAGUGAUUUCAUAGUGAGCUGCACCAGGGCCUCUUUGAACAGAUCUAUGCUGCUCAAAUAAACUAGUGUUCCCAUCCCCAAUGA